UAGAAUCACAUCAUUUACACACCUUCAAUCAAAUUCAAUCUCCAUGGAUUUUCCAACAUUUCUACUCGUUAUCUUCUCCGCCUUGUUAAUAUAUUCAAUCGUUCAAAUUUAUAAUUACAGGGCCCGGAAAUGGUCGAAACUACCUCCGGGCCCGUUUCAGUUUCCGAUAAUCGGAAACAUCCUCGAACUCGGGCGUAAUCCCCACCGAUCGCUCGCGGAACUUUCUAGAAAGUACGGUCCGGUGAUUUCGUUAAAGCUAGGGAGAAUAACGACAAUAGUAAUCUUCUCCCCGGAAACAGCAAAAAUCGUGCUUCAGAAACACGAUCUAGAAUUCUCCAGCAGAACCGUUCCGAGUUCCGGCGGGGCCCUCGGCCACGGCGGAUACUCGGUGGCUUGGCUGCCGGUGGGGGAUCAGUGGCGGAAGCUCCGAAGAAUAUGCAGAGAGAGGAUUUUCUCGGCUUCGAAGCUCGAUCUGAGCCAGGGUUUGAGGAGAGAGGAGGUGCGGAAGCUUCGCCGCCACGUGGCGGAGUGCUGCGAAACGGGUCGGGUCGUGGAUAUUGGGGAUGCGGCUUUCACGACGUCGUUGAAUCUGAUGUCGGCGACGCUUUUCUCGACGGAGUUCGCCCGGUUCGGUUCGGAUUCGUCGGCGGAGAUGAAGGGUGUGAUGCGCGGCGUGAUGAGGUGCCUCGGCGAGCCGAAUCUGGCCGAUUAUUUUCCGGUUCUGAAGUGGGCCGAUCCGCAGGGGAUUACGAGACGGGCGAGGGUUUAUUUUGAGAAGAUGUUCGCCAUUUUUGAUGGGAUAAUUGAUGAGAAGUUGAAAUCCAGGGGUGGGAUUGAGAGAGAUGAUUUGUUGGAGGCCCUUAUUGAAAUUAACCGAAGGGAUGAGGCUGAAUUGAGCAUUAACGAUAUUAAACAUCUACUUCUGGAUAUAUUUCUGGCGGGAAUGGACACCACAGCAGCAACAGUGGAGUGGGCAAUGACAGAGCUACUGCGAAACCCUAGAAAAAUGUCGAAACUCCGGGACGAAAUCAGAGACAUCGUCGGAGAAAACAAACGGAUGGAAGAAUCCGACAUCCAACGGCUCCCGUACUUGCAGGCGGUGGUCAAGGAGUCGUUAAGGCUUCACCCACCGGGCCCUUUCUUAAUACCCCACAAGGCUGAAGCCGCCGGCUUAGAAAUCAACGGCUACAAAAUCCCUAAAAACGCACAAAUCCUCGUCAACGUGUGGGCGAUCGGAAGAGAUUCCGCCGUAUGGCCGGAGGCCGACUCGUUCUCGCCGGAGAGAUUUUUGGACGGCCAGAUAGACUUUAAAGGGAAGGACUUUGAGCUUAUUCCGUUUGGGUCGGGUCGGAGAAUUUGCCCCGGUUUGCCGUUGGCUUGUCGAAUGGUGCCCUUUAUAUUGGGGACUUUGGUUGGCGAUUUCGGGUGGGAAAUUGAAAAUAGUAUGAAACCUGAGGACUUGGAUGUAAAUGAGAAGUUUGGGAUGGUGAUGCAGAAGGAAAUACCUCUCAUGGCUGUUCCAAUUACCAAACUCUGAGUUUUAUAUUUGUUCAUCAAUUCAUAAUAUUGUAACAUAAAAAGAAUUAUACAAAACAUUAUUUAUAUUUAAUUGUCAAAAAUAAAAUAAAAUUAUACAGACAUUAUUUAUA